AUGGGGGAAUCUGAAAAGCUUGUAAAGACACUUUUUGAAGAAGCAAAAAAGAGACAACCAGCUAUAAUUUUCAUUGAUGAAAUUGAUGCUGUAGGAUCAUCAAGAGAGGGACUUGGAGGUGGAAGUAGUAAUGAGAGUAUUUCACGACUGAAAACUGAACUCUUGCUAAAAGUUCAAGAUGUUUUGGAUAUGAAAGAUACUGGAAUUAUUGUCAUUGGAGCCACAAAUAGGCCAACGGAUUUGGAUCCUGCUCUGAGAAGAAGAUUUCAAAAACGUAUUUAUAUUCCUCUUCCUGACGAGAAUGCAAGAAAGCAAUUAUUCAGAGUUAACUUGGAAGGUGUGGAAGUGGAUGUGACACACGAAAAUAUUGAUGAAUUCGCCAAAUUAACCAACCAAUAUUCAGGAGCAGAUAUUGGAAUUAUUAUAAGGGAUGCUCUUAUGAAACCAGUAAGAGAAGCAAUGAAUUCUGACUAUUUCAAAACAACAAACGAUGGAACCAUAGUCCCAUGUUCCAGAAACGAAAAGAACUCUAAAAAGAUGAACAUGUUGGACAUUAAGCAACCAGAAAAAUUGAAAAUUGCAAAGGUAACUGCUAAGGAUAUUUAUGAUUCCAUUAAAUCGGUAAAACCUUCCACAAAUCCAAGUGAAAUACUUUCAUUCAUUGAAUUUACACAAAACUAUGGAGAAUCUGAUAAUCCAGUUGAGGAAGAACAUGAAGAAAUUGAGAAUCAAUACAAACGAAAGAAGGAUGAUAAUAUCUACGUCCAAGAAAUUGGCACUGCUACAGUGCAAAAACCAAAACGAAAGAAAUAUCUAUAG